AUGGCUGUCCACAAACUUUUGCAACAGAGUGUAGGUAUUAAUAAAAUAUUACACUGUCUAAUAGCAUUAUGUGUUGAAAAUGAUACAGAAAGUAUCAAGUAUAGCAGAAUAGAACUAAAGAAGGCAGAGUACAACAAAGUAGGCAGAAAUCCAAUACAUAAAAAAACGUUUCAAUACAAAGCAAGUGACUACCAGGCAAUUGAAUACAACAAAGUUGAAUACGUGCAAGAGAAGGAACCAACCAAAAUGGUUAUGAACAACCUGAAUAGAGAGAUCAAUACUAAUGAAAAAGAGACAAAUUCAAAAACCAAUUUAAUUGAAAUCAACAUCACUUUUGAUGAGAAUGAUUUGGAUAAAGGUGAUUUGUCUGACGAGGACAAUUCUGCCGUAGAGAGCAAUCUACAGUUUAAUUUGCCCAAUAGCUGA